CUCCGAGCCGCCACUCCCAAGACACAGAGCGUCAGAGCCCGAUCCCGAUCCAGCGAGGCGGCGACCCUCCCUCCUCCCCUUGCUUCGCUCGUCCAGCCCUGACCACCCGCAUCCCCGUCAGUCAUGGCAGCGGCAGCAGGCGGAGGCGCGGUGCGUGCGCUGUCCCAGAAGGAGCAGGACAUACAGAUGAUGCUCGCCGCCGACGUCCACCUUGGCACCAAGAACUGCGAUUUCCAGAUGGAGCGCUAUGCCUUUAAGCGCCGCACCGACGGCAUCUACAUCAUCAACCUUGGCAAGACAUGGGAGAAACUGCAGCUUGCAGCGAGGGUUAUCGUUGCCAUCGAGAACCCGCAGGACAUCAUCGUCCAGUCCGCCCGCCCCUAUGGCCAGCGUGCUGUCCUCAAGUUCGCUCAGUACACUGGCGCUCAUGCCAUCGCUGGGAGGCACACCCCUGGUACCUUCACUAACCAGCUCCAGACCUCCUUCAGCGAGCCUCGGCUGCUCAUCCUUACCGACCCAAGGACUGACCAUCAGCCAAUUAAGGAGUCUGCUCUGGGGAACAUCCCCACCAUUGCCUUCUGUGAUACUGACUCUCCCAUGCGGUAUGUCGAUAUCGGCAUCCCAGCGAACAACAAGGGGAGGAACAGCAUUGGAUGCCUGUUCUGGCUUUUGGCCAGGAUGGUUCUGCAGAUGAGGGGCACUAUCCUCCCUGGGCACAAGUGGGAGGUCAUGGUGGAUUUGUUCUUCUACAGGGACCCAGAGGAAGCAAAGGAGCAGGAGGAGGAAGCUGCUGUUGCCCCUGAGUUUGCCGCAAUCACUGAUUACCAAGGAGCUGAUCAGUGGGGUGGUGACCAGUGGACCUCUGAUGUGACUGCGCCGCCUGUUGCUCCUACUGGUGCUGAUUGGGGUGCUGCUCCAGCUCCGGUUCCUACCGGUGAUGGCUGGGAUCAAGCUGGGGCCCCUGCACCUGUGGUGGACGGCACUGUACCUCCUCUGGUUGCUCCUACUGGUUGGGACCAAGCAGCCCCGCCACCGACUGCCCAAGGCUGGGAGUAGGCGUUGUCCACUCUGAGACCUGUCUUCUGCGGCUGAAGUUCAGUAUUUUUCUGUGGUCUGAAUGUCCAAAUUCCGGUGGCAUCUUCUAUAGCUAUGCUUUGCUUUGCUUUGAACACUUGUGUUUUAGGGCUUUCUAGCUGAACCCGUUGUCCAAUAUUGCUGACGUUGAAAUUUUUGGUUAAUCUUAAAACUGG